GGGGCGUGCGGCAGGCGUGCGGACGCGCGCCACAGGGAGGGCUGCUGGGCGACUGCAGCGGCCGACCUUCCCCCACGCAGGGUCACCUGGGGCGACCCUGAGGUGGUGAGAGGGCUCCUCUACACCGCGGAACGGAGCCUAACGUGGAGGUCGUGCGGCCGUGUCCCUGCCACGUUCCAGUGACUGCAGGCUGAUUCACCGGGCUUCCCCGGGAACUUUCCCUUCCUCGAGGCCGGGCCCCGGAGGGUCUCACUAAGCUUUUUCGAUGUAUAGUUGGUGACUUUGUCCCCAGAUGCUGAGGUGCCUGAAUCCCUGGCGCAGGCCACUACUGAGCUGUAGUUGGAGUAGGCUGUGCCUUUUCAAGCAGUAUCUGUUUACAAUGAAGUUGCAGUCUCCAGAAUUCCAGUCACUGUUCACAGAAGGAUUGAAGAGUCUGACAGAUUUAUUUGUGAAAGAAAAUCAUGAAUUAAGAAUAGCAGGAGGAGCAGUGAGGGAUUUAUUAAGUGGAGUAAAGCCUCAAGAUGUGGAUUUUGCUACCACUGCUACCCCUGCUCAGAUGAAGGAGAUGUUUCAGUCUGCUGGUAUUCGCAUGAUAAACAACAAAGGGGAAAAGCAUGGGACAAUUACUGCCAGGCUUCAUGAAGAAAAUUUUGAAAUUACUACACUGCGGAUUGAUGUUGUCACUGAUGGGAGACACGCUGAGGUAGAAUUCACAACUGAUUGGCAGAAAGAUGCUGAACGCAGAGAUCUCACUAUAAAUUCUAUGUUUUUAGGUUUUGAUGGUACCUUAUUUGACUACUUCAGUGGUUUUGAAGAUUUAAAAAAUAAGAAAGUUAGGUUUGUUGGACAUGCUAAACAGAGGAUACAAGAAGAUUAUCUUCGAAUUUUAAGAUAUUUCCGGUUUUAUGGGAGGAUUGUAGACAAGCCUGGUGACCACGAUCCUGAGACUUUGGAAGCGAUUGCAGAAAAUGCAAAAGGCUUGGCUGGAAUAUCAGGGGAGAGAAUUUGGGUGGAACUGAAAAAAAUUCUUAUUGGUAACCAUGUAAAUCACUUGAUUAACCUCAUCUAUGAUCUUGGUGUGGCUCCUUACAUAGGCUUACCUACUAAUGCAAGUUUAGAAGAAUUUAACAAAGUCAGUAAAAAUGUUGAAGGUUUUUCACCAAAGCCAAUGACUGUCUUGGCCUCAUUAUUCAAAGUACAGGAUGAUGUCACAAAAUUGGAUUUGAGGUUGAAGAUUUCAAAAGAAGAGAAAAACCUUGGUAUAUUUGUAGUUAAAAACAGAAAAGAUUUGGUUAAAGCAGCAGAUAGUUCAGAACCAUUGAAACCCUAUCAAGACUUCAUUAUAGAUUCUAGGGAAUCUGAUGCAACGACCCGUGUGUGUGAACUACUGAAGUACCAAGGAGAGCAUCGUCUUCUUGAGCAAAUGCAGCAAUGGUGCAUUCCUCCAUUUCCUGUGAGUGGCCAUGACAUCAGAAAAGUAGGCAUUUCUUCAGGAAAAGAAAUUGGGGCUCUGUUGCAGCAGUUACGAGAACAGUGGAAAAAAAGCGGUUACCAAAUGGAGAAAGAUGAACUCCUAAGUUACAUAAAGAAGAGUGAAAAUUGAUGAGAGCGGAUAUUAAAUAGCAGAAAAUUUUUGGUAAAACUAGUUUGUUCGUUUUUUUUUCCCUUCCCUCUUAGAUUUAAGAGAGACUUGAAUAUAUAGCAGAAUAAAAGCCAGCGUAGAGGACCUCUUCAGAUGAGUAAAGGUCUUAUUUUGUGAGAUCUAAUUAUAUUUUAGGCAGUAAACUGAAGUCUACCUCCUCUUAAUUUGAUUUAUAUCACUGAACCCUGUGAUUCUUUUGGAGUAGUUCCUACUGCAAAUAGUAUAGUUGUUUCCCCCUGUUGUAAUCUGUCUAGGCUUUCUUCUUUUUUUUUUUUUGGUAUAGCGUGUUACUGAUUGAUCUUAAAACAUGGUAACUCGAUAAAAGUGUUUCUUAAUGUUUGUAAUUGGAAUAACUGCAUUAUUUUAUCGUUCUGGAAUCCAGGUAAGAAGUGAAACUUACAACAGUGUGUUGAUAACACAGUAGUUGACAAAAUGGCCGAUAUAAAAUAAUGAAGACCAGAUGUGUCCCAAGUGGCUGGCAUUCGUAUACCCAAAACUUGUUCUAGCAAGCUGUUUUAGUAUGUAGUUGAUACUUUUGUCAUAAUUUAUGCAUGCUAGGCCUGAGAAAGAUUGGCUUGACAGUUACUCUUGAGCCUAUUAUUUUAAUAAACAUUCCCUUUGGAAUUGGAAGAGAAA